GCCGAUUCUCCAAAGUAUCUCACAUUUUUCGUUACUGAACACUCUUCUUUUCUCUCUCUUCACUCUCUCAUAAAUCACAAAAAAAAAGUCGAUUUCUUUUUUUUUUGAGUUAGACUUUGCUUUACAGCUCAAUUGCGUCUUCUUCCUCUGUCCUAUUCUUCUUCAUCUUCCUCCUCGCGGAUCCAUUUUGAGGCAGGGCAUCACCGAGCAGCUGAGUAUAUAUGUUACGAGAGGAACAUUCAGGAGGCUGUUCUUUCAGAUGAUUGGCAGUAACUAUAUUAUGCUUGAACGGUGCCAUAAUGGGCAUCUGUCUGAUGAAGCGCUUCUGCUCGUGGCUUCUUUUGGUCUCAUUGCUUUGUGCACUUGCGAAUGAAAACGAAGCGAUUAGUCCUGAUGGUGAGGCGCUUCUGAGUUUUAGAAGUGGGAUUUCUAGUUCUGAUGGUGUCAUCGGUCAAUGGAGACCAGAGGAUCCUGAUCCAUGUAACUGGAAGGGAGUGACCUGUGAUACCAAAACGAAAAGAGUUAUAGCCUUGAGUCUUACUCAUCACAAAUUAAGGGGACCUUUACCCCCUGAGAUUGGAAAGCUGGACCAGUUGAGGCUUUUAAAUCUUCACAACAAUGAUUUAUAUGACUCAAUACCUACAGCAUUGGGAAAUUGCACGGCAUUGGAGAGAGUAUACUUGCAGAAUAAUUACUUCACGGGGCCAAUCCCAAGUGAAAUGGGAAACCUAUCCGAGCUUAAAAAUUUGGACAUGUCAAGCAACGAUCUCAGUGGAGCUAUCCCUGCUUCACUUGUGCAGUUGAAAAAGCUUGCUAAUUUCAAUGUCUCUAACAAUUUUCUGGUGGGGAAAAUACCUUCUGACGGCGUACUCGCUCAAUUUUCGAGGGACUCCUUCAUGGGAAAUCUUAAAUUGUGUGGAAAGCAAAUCGAUGUGGUGUGCCAAGAUGACAGUGGAAACUCUUCUACUAGGUCUUCAACAGACCAAGGAGGUAAGACUGGUAAGCUGCUUAUAAGUGCAUCAGCUACUGUGGGUGGGCUGCUCCUAGUGGCCCUCAUGUGUUUCUGGGGAUGCUUUCUCUAUAAAAAGCUUGAUAGAGUUGAGAGUAAAAGCCUUGCGAUAGAGGUUGGUGGAGGUGCAUCUAUCGUGAUGUUCCAUGGAGAUUUGCCCUAUGCUUCUAAAGACAUAAUCAAGAAACUGGAAACUCUUAACGAAGAGCAUAUAAUAGGAUGUGGAGGUUUUGGAACAGUUUACAAGCUGGCCAUGGACGAUGGCAGUGUUUUUGCGCUGAAAAGAAUUGUAAAGUUAAACGAAGGGUUUGAUCGGUUUUUCGAAAGGGAGCUUGAGAUUCUUGGAAGCAUCAAACAUCGAUACCUCGUGAAUCUACGUGGAUACUGCAAUUCACCCACAUCAAAGCUUCUCUUAUAUGAUUACCUUCCUGGUGGUAGCCUUGAUGAAGCUCUUCAUGAAUAUAUGCAAAGCGGUAGAGCGACUGAGAAAACCGAUGUUUACAGUUUUGGGGUUUUGGUUCUCGAAAUCCUGAGUGGUAAACUUCCCACGGAUGCUUCCUUCAUCGAGAAAGGCUAUAACAUUGUUGGUUGGCUAAACUUCUUGAUCAGCGAAAAUCGGGAACGGGAGAUUGUCGAUAGAAGCUGUGAAGGAGUUGAGAGAGAGAGCCUUGAUGCUCUUCUAUCAAUAGCAACGAAGUGCGUGUCUUCAAGUCCAGAAGAACGGCCUACAAUGCACAGAGUGGUCCAGUUACUUGAAUCCGAAGUUAUGACUCCUUGCCCUAGCGACUUCUACGAUUCCAGCUCCGACUGAUCACAUUCACACAACACAAGUGUCUUCUUCGAUUUUCUGUUUUUUUACACUACAAGGUUCUGGCCAUUAUAUUCAUUUUCGGUACCACUUUUUUUUUUGUAUUUUUUGGCUUAGAAUGUUUCUGGGACUGAUGAAAUCCUUUCAUUUGAUCUGGAUAUGAAAUUGAAAAUGUAUAUGACCAUUGUAGAAACACUGUUCUAAGAAUCUGAAUAAUUUCUAUAUUUAAAUUUUUUUUUUCCCAUAUUUGAUUAUUUU